AUGAGUACACUAAUUAUAGACAUCAACAAUAGAUGUGGAAUUGGUAGGACAAAAUGCAGAUGUAAGGGCUCUAAAAGAUUCGUAGCUGCUUCGACAGGAAAAGUAGGAAGUGCAAAGUUUACAUAUUGUACCCAUUCUACUCAGUCAAAGGGUCCAAAUAUAUCCAAAGUACUAUGGAAUAGGAUAGAACUUCAGAGAACAAAUGGGAACCCUUAUGCGUUUCAGGAUGUGAACUCAGUAACGGUAUUUUACUACUCUGAGCGUGAUAUUCCAGGUCACCUAAGGAAACCUCUUCUCAUACGGGUUAAGAGGCCAUAUAUUGAUGUACGAUGGUAUGAGAAUGUAGAUAGUUAUGCUAACAAAAGAUGGAAAAGGAUUGAUGAAUCAGAUGAAUAUCCUCGAGGAGAUAACUAUACUAAGGAUGGUCUAAAAUUGAUAAAGAAGUUAGAGGAACUUGCAUGUAAGUUGUUUUUGUCUCAUGGUGUAAGGAUAGAAUCAAAUGAUAACUACAAAAUUGAGUGUCCAAUCUGUAGUGAUGGAAAAACAGUGCAAAUACGUCUAGAGGAUUAUCUUAACGUUCCAGGAUACAAAAAAUAUACUCAUGAUAAGAACGUCAUCUCUGAAAGAUCUAUCCUUAUCUAUAAUGGAAGGAAACUCACAUUUCCAAAGAAGUCAAGGGUUGAUACAACAUAUUAUCUUCCCAUUACAGUUGAUCCGGACAAUGGUAAAGGGAUAUCCGUCUAUUAUUGGAAUAAAGAUGAUGGUAGAACAAAUCCCCUUCUAAUAGAAUUUGAGACUCCAUCAGGUUAUUCGCGUUGGAUUGAGAAUAUCAGCAGUAAUGGAAAACAUGAGAGGUGGAGAGCCUUGUCUUGGAAAGAGGAAAAACCUCCAGGUCUCAAAACUAGACUGGACCUAUUAAGUUGCAUAUAUAAUAAAACUGUUCAGAUUAACGUUGGUAAAUUCGAAGGGUGUCAUAAAAAUCAUCAUCCUUUACAUAAAAAUAGAUUCAAUUACUCAUACAAGAAUGUUCCAGAGACAUAUCCACCCAUUUACGUUCACACAUACGAAUCAACUAAUGGACCAUUUGUAAUAUCAGGGGUCACUUUUAAUAGUCAAUCACAAAAUUUCCAGGUUAACCCCCUACUAUUCAAUGGAGUUAUUCGAUUUAUGGCAUAUGUAUCUCCUUGUGACAAGGAAAACCCAUUCCUCAUAUGUGUGGAAUCUACUGGAGCUGGAAGCCACAGUGAGUAUAAUUGGUAUGAAAGAAAAGACAACAAUGGUAAUUGGAAGAAACAUAGUUUUCCUGGGAGAUCCCAGCUAUCACCGGAAGAAGCUGGAACAGAAGCUGAGGGGUUUUUUGAAACUGUUCAAAGUACUCUUAAAUUAAACGAGUGUUAUGUGUCAACUCCUGAUAAUGGUAUUCAACUUGAUGUUAGACUAACCCUAAAUGAUGGACAACAUCUUCUUCAAUACACUGAUACCUCAACAACUAAUAUGACUGUUCCAAUAUUCAUUACUAAAUCAAGAGAGGACCUCGUGCCAGGCUUCUUUAAGAACUCUCAUAAACCAGCUACUAAAGAUAGGAGGAAAUUUUCUGUGAGUAAGUAUUUAAAGAGUGAAGGUGAAAUAGGAGGGGUUAGAAGAGCAGUUUCUGGUGUAGAAAACGUCUAUGUAUACUUUUGGGAAGGAAAUACUAUUAGGCCAAUUAUUAUUAAAAUUCAGGUAUCUGGAGAAGAUACCCCAAGAUACUAUAGCAAAGGUAACGGAUCAAGGGAUUCUUGGAUGUAUGAUAUGAAUAGGAAAAAGAAUAUAAUUAAUUUACUCGAUCAUUGGAACUGUGAGAAUAAUAAUGCAAUUCCUAUUGAGUUAACAAUGCCUACUGACACAGAACGAUUCAGGUCCAGUGUAAGUCCAUCAAAAUACUUAACAAAUGGACUUGUAACUUCAUCUGGAUCGUCUUAUAUUCCACGAGGAUCUAAUGGGAUAUAUAAAGUAGAAGGAUAUCAAAUAAACGGGGAUAAGAAAAUUUCUAGGGUCACCUAUAAUAAUAAGUCUACCAACAUCAUUCCUCCAUAUGGUUAUGAAGGACCUACCUUGAACAUUUAUUACUGGAAGGAUGAUGGUAACAAUGUACCGUUACUUGUUGAGUUCAAACCAAAGGAUGUAAAGAAACCAUCUAUCUGGUACGAAAAUCUCGGCAAAGAUAAUACGAAAUGGAAACCGGUUUCUCCAACAGAGGCAGAAAAGUUUUAUAUAGAUAAAGACAGAAAAAAGGAACUUACUGAUGUCUUUACCAAGAGACUCCAUGAAGUUAAUUGUACGGUGAACCAAAUAGUUCAGUUGGAUAUUUCACAACCACCUGGAAGAUACUGCCAUAGUUUGAGUUCAUUACAUAAUAGGAGACUAAAGGUCAGUGAGAGUAGAAUUAAGAUUCCUAAAUACACUCUUCAUGAACAUACCUCUGCAAUUAAUGGUAGGGAUACUUUUGCAAUUUCUUCUAUAAUAAACAAGGGUGUUGAACAGACGGGUGAAUUCAAAUUUCCUCUCAAAGAUGUCAAGAAAGUCACAGUAUACUUUCCAAAUUGUAAUAUAACUAUGCCUAUUUUGAUGCGCAUUGAACAGGAAAAGAACCAUGGAGGUUACAGGUGGCUCAAGAGAACAUCCGCCACAGUUUGGAAAGAAGUUUCUGAAUAUUUUGAGAAGGUUAAAGAUGAGCCAGAAAAAAUUAGGAGCCUUCUAGAUGAUAUAAAAAAUGCCACACUAGUAUGUAAUAACUCUCCAGAAGUAGAUCCACCUAGUCAGGGACAAUCCACUCUCGUGGAUGAUGAUGAGGUGGAGACUUGGACAACUAUGUUCCAGGGUGCUGUAAAGGAAGAUAAAGAAGAAAGUGAGGAAUUCUUUGUGCAAGAUGAAGAUGAAGACGAAGAAAUAAAAGAGAAAAUGGACAAGAGUACAUUUACUAAUGAUAGUUCCGGACCCACUGCCUACUCUUCAAACAAUCUUCCCGGUGUUGGUAGCCCUGUAACUCUUUCCGUAUCAUAUUCUAAACCUGGUGUUAUUAUUGACAUAAAAGGGGGUAAUGAAGAGUUGGCCGAAACUAAUUACAGAAUAGGAACUGGAGGAUUCGUUGAGUUAGAUAAAAAGGAGGACCCCAAGGGUUUUUAUAGAUACACGCAUACUUCCUGUGAUGAACCACCUUUCAAGGUUGAAGAAGUUAGACAUGGAGCUAAUGAUAUAGAAGAUCAUAAAGUAGAUCUUGGGAUAAACCAUGAUGAAAGUAUUGAGUACUUAUCUGUAUGGUAUUGGAAAAAUGACUGUAUAAUGAAAAACCCUUUAUUUAUAGAAGUCCUAGAUGGGAACGGAAACUACCAUUAUCAUUUUAAUAAAGGAGAUGAUAUUCAAUGGAGCCCAUAUAAGGAGCUCGACAAAUUAUUCACCGAUGAAGAACUUGAGAGGGUACUGAAUAGACUCAACUGCCAACAUAAUAGUGUUGUUCAAAUAGACGUUACAAGAGUUUCUGGGGAAUAUUGCCAUGAUAGUAUUGAUCCUCAACUCCCUCAUAAGAAUAGUAAAAUCAAAGUUACCAAGGUAGAUGAUAGAAAACUUGGAAACUAUACUGCUUAUGAACAUGUUCCAAAUCCGUCUGGAAAGUUUAACAUAUCUAGUUUAAAGAGAGGAGAUACUCCUAUAAUAUUCAGUGGUCUACAAUUGUUCCCUCUUAAAGGUGCUCAAAAGGUUGUUGUUUACUUUUGCAGAAGUGAAGUUAAUACCGGUAAUACCGCAAAAAUCCCCUCCUCAUUCAUCUACCAGAUUCUCUUAACGGUAAGGAUAAGUGGUUUCAGAAAUCGAAUGGUACAAUCUUUGAUGCAGUGA